AGUGACUGCGCCGUUAAUCAACACGAAGAAGCGCUGCGUCUCUCAGUUUAAACGUCACAUGCGGAAGUAUCAACAUGGAGAACGGCGGAGAAGCUUCCACGAUUACACUUUUAAAAGAGGGGUGCUACACCGACUUCCUGGCUGAUAACUUCGAUGUGAAGACGUACACGGCUCAGGUGAUACACCAUGCUGUCAUCGCCGAGCAGCUGGCCAAGCUGGCACAGGGCAUCAGUCAGCUGGACAAGGAGCUGCACAGCCAGGUUGUGGCCAGACAUGAAGACUUACUGUCUCAGGCGACGGGGAUAGAGUCCCUCGAAGGGGUUCUCCAGAUGAUGCAGACAAGGAUCAGUGCUCUGCAGGCUGCUGUUGACAGGAUAAGGACCAAGAUUGUUGACCCAUACAACAAGAUUGUGGCCAGAAUCACCCAGCUUGCGAGACUGCAGAUGGCCUGUGACUUGCUGAGGAGGAUCAUUCGUAUUUUGUACCUGAGCAAGAGGCUCCAGGGUCAGCUCCAGGGGGGCAGCAGAGAGAUCACCAAGGCUGCUCAGAGCCUCAAUGAGUUGGACUAUCUGUCCCAGGGUGUGGAUCUCAGCGGCAUCGAGGUGAUUGAGAAUGACUUGCUGCUGAUCAGCAGAGCCAGGCUGGAGGUGGAGAACCAGGCAAAGAGACUUCUGGAGCAGGGCAUGGAGAUCCAGAAUCCAACGCAGGUGGGCAUGGCCUUGCAGGUCUUCUACAACCUGGGCAGUCUAAGUGUCACCAUUGGUUCUGUAGUCGGUGGCUACAGGACAACCAUACACGACAACAUCACUCGUGCUUUGGACAUCAAGGGAUUGACACAGCCGACCAACCCCAGAGGUGCACCAGGCAGAGCUGUGCUGCCCACACCGGGAAACACAGCAGCUUUCCGUGCUGCUCUUUGGACCAACCUGGAGAAAUUGAUGGACCAGAUAUGUGCUGCAUGCAGACAGGUGCAACAUCUGCAGAAGGUCCUGAUGAAAAAGAGGGACCCUGUAACUCAUGUGUGCUUCAUUGAUGAGAUCAUCAAGGAUGGAAAGCCUGAUAUCCUCUGCACCUUCUGGAAUGAUGUAACCAAUACCCUUAGUGAGGAGUUGCACAGAGCAACUGAAGCGUCUUCCUUCUUAAAGCAGGCCCUGGAAGGAGAGUAUCCCAAACUGCUUCAACUGUACAACGAACUGUGGCGCCGCCUGCAGCAGUACAGCGCCAGCCUGCAGGGGGCGCUAACGAGCAGCGGAGGAAUAGACACGUCUCUGGACAUCACCGCCGCAGAGACAGACAGCCAGGACCUGUUUACACAUGGACAACAGGACUACAACCCAGAGCAGGCUCUGAAGGACUCUCUGCAGCUUUACGAGGCAGCCUACCUUUCAAAGUCCCUCUCUCGCCUGUUUGAUCCCAUCAAUCUGGUGUUCCCUAUGGGUGGCCGCAACCCCCCGUCCAACGAGGAGCUGGACAGCAUCAUCAAGACCAUCAGCAGUGAGCUGAACGUGGCAUCAGUGGAUCCGAAACUCUCACUGGCUGUGUCCAAAAAUGCAGCCAAGACUAUCCAACUCUUCUGUGUCAAAUCGGAACAACUGCUGUGCACUCAGGGCGAGGCCAGUCAGGUGAUCGGCCCAUUGACAGAGGGCCAGAGAAGGAAUAUUACUGUGGUCAACUCCCUCUAUCGGCUGCAGCAGGCCAUCACCAAGAUCAUCUCAGGUUCGGGGUCAUGUCCACCAGUCACUGCAGAGCCUUUCUCUUCUUCCUUGGAGGCUGUGCAGGUCUUGAUGAGCAGUGCGGUGCAGCCUCUCCUGCAGUCAGUGAGUGACUCCAUAGAGGCCAUCAUCAUCACGUUACAUCAAGAAGACUUUUCAGGGCCGCUGUCCUGCCCAGGUAAGCCAGAUGUUCCGUGCUCACUCUACAUGAAGGAGAUGCAGGGCUUCAUCUCUAGAGUGAUGGCUGACUACUUCAGACACUUCCAGUGUGCGGACUUCAUCUAUGAGAGCACUGAGGCCCUCGCUCAGAGGGCCAUCGAGCUGUUCAUCCGCCACACAAGCCUGCUGCGCCCGCUGGGUGAGGGCGGCAAGAUGCGGCUGGCGGCUGACUUUGCCCAAAUGGAGUUGGCAGUGGCUCCACUGUGCAGAAGAGUGUCUGAUUUGGGGAAACCUUACAGGAUGCUCCGCUCUUUCAGGCCGCUGCUGUUUCAGAACAGUGAGCUGAUAGCCAGCAGUCCAGCUGUGGGUGACCUGAUCCCCUACAGCACCCUGCUGCAUUUCUUUUUCUGCAGAGCCCCGUCUGAGCUCAAGUCCCCUCACCAGCGAGCGGAGUGGUCCGUGGCCCGGUACUCCCAGUGGCUGGAUGAUCAUCCGUCUGAGAGAGACAGGCUCAUGCUCAUCAGGGGGGCUCUGGAGGCCUAUGUGCAGUCAGUGAGGGCCCGCCAGGGAAAAGAGUUUGCUCCCAUCUAUCCCAUCAUGCUCCAGCUGUUGCAAAGAGCCACCAGCAGCUCACAGGACGUCAGAAUCUGAGAAGGCCGUGCCGGGGGUUCUCGGCAUGAAAUGCGUUAGGGGGUGUGGUGGAUUAAAGCCAUUGUGCGUUCGUACACGAGGCCUGUUUGUCUAUUCCAGCUGAAAGGGGAUCUUUCAUACCAUUACCCUUGAGACCCACUCCAGGACACAGGGAUCUUUAUAGACUUCACUCUACUUAUGGGCUUGAACUAAACAUUUGGGUUUGUCACGUUAACUGGAUGUAAGACGGGAGGCAUUUCCACUUUCUCUAAAAGUAGAGCUGCACGGGACAGAGUGGCUGCUCCUACAAAUGUGUUCAAAGGACAAAUCUAAAGCGUUUUGAUAUAGAAUACAUAAUUGGGGCUGUCCCCAUUUUGAGACUAAAUGCAUUGCCUGGUUCAUCUUUGUUAUUUAACAGGCUUCCUGAUCCUCAGAUGGAUACAUACGUGUCUUUUCUAGAAUAUUUAAGCUAAAUAAUGUAUCUUACAUUCAGCGUUCUCCAGUCGUAGCUGUAAAAACAGAUCAGCUCGUGGUUGUCAUUGAUCAGUUCUGAAAAUAAAUUGUUUGCACCACUUUUAUUUGUACAGGACUUCAUUAGAAGCAAAUGUAUAGCUCUCGCACAGACAGUUCACAAAGCAUAUUCAGAUGGGCCAUUUCCAUUGGUUGGGAGGAGGCUCCUCAAUCAGGGGCUCCCAUGGUUUCCACUCAGACAUCUUUCUGGACAGAGCCAGCUCACACUCGGCCUG